AUGUUCCAUCCGAAUGUUCAAGGUACGAGAAAUUCCUCCGCAGUUAGGGAUUACAUAUCAAAAUACGGAGAUUUUGUCGAAUGGGGGGAGUUUCUGCUAGAUGGCCGGAGCAGAUUAUCGUCUGACAAAUCUGCGGAGGUGUAUGCCACUGCGCUUGCCGGGGAAGAUAAAGGAAUGACCCUCAAUAUUAUCAAGAAGGGCGAUCCUCGAUCGUUCAUCAUUCACUACGACAAAUUAUCGAGUAAUCUUGAUAGAAUAUUCCAGAAGCCACCAGAACCAUACGUGGCUCAUUUCCCACAGGCCCAACGCGUUCCUUCGUUCUUGAUCCAAUGGGCCACUCAAAAUAUUAUUGGACCUACUAACAGACCACACAUGCCCAUGUCUAUAAUAAUAGAAGGUCCAACUCGAACUGGCAAAACAUGUUGGACUAAAAGUCUCAAUUCUCAGGCCCACAAUUACUAUGCAGGCCAUAUUGAUCUGGCACACCACUGUGAUGAUGCGUGGUAUAACGUCGUAGACGACGUAAACCCUCAAUUUCUCAAACACUGGAAGAAAUUCUUAGGUGCACAACGAGAUUGGUCAUCGAAUUGCAAAUAUGCCAAAUCCAAUAAAAUAAAAGGGGGAAUUCCGACAAUUGUGCUUUGCAAUGCUAGUCCCAAUUCUUCGUAUCACGACUACUUAAGUGCAUCAGAUCGUCAGGAUCUUUUCAACUGGACUAAAUAG